CAGCAGAAUAAGAGGCCUCGCAGAUCGCGUCGCUUAAAGCGGAAGUUCUCAAGGUCGGUGGAAGAUGAUGACUCGGACGAUGACGAUGACGAUGAUUCCGACGACUCGAGCGAUGACGAGGAACUGGACCCGCGAACCCGCAUCAUGCGCGAGGAGGACAUUAGCUAUCUGCGCAACCACGUUCAGAAACAGGCCGAAGAGAUCAGUGUCCAGAAGGAUAUCAUUAACCGUGUCAGGGAUGAGUUGCAACAGCAGGAAGAGCACACCCGGCGCACCUUGGUUAAGGUGGAGCACGAGGACGUCAAAGUGCUGGAGCGUGAACUACGCAAGCACCAGCAAGCCAAUGAGGCCUUCCAGAAAGCUCUCCGGGAAAUUGGUGGUAUCAUUACCCAGGUCGCCAACGGUGACCUGUCCAUGAAGGUCCAGAUCCAUCCCAUGGAGAUGGACCCCGAAAUCACGACGUUCAAACGGACCAUCAACACCAUGAUGGAUCAGCUCCAGGUUUUCGGAAGCGAAGUGUCUCGGGUUGCCCGUGAAGUCGGUACCGAAGGUAUUCUUGGUGGUCAGGCCCAGAUUACCGGCGUUCACGGAAUCUGGAAGGAGCUCACGGAGAACGUCAACACAAUGGCCAAGAAUCUAACCGAUCAAGUGCGAGAGAUUGCUACCGUCACCACCGCAGUCGCACAUGGUGACCUCAGCCAGAAGAUCGAGAGUCGGGCCAAGGGUGAGAUCUUUGAACUCCAGCAGACAAUCAACACCAUGGUGGACCAACUUCGCACUUUUGCAACGGAGGUGACGCGGGUCGCGCGUGAUGUCGGUACCGAAGGUGUCCUGGGUGGACAGGCCCAGAUCGAGGGCGUCCAAGGCAUGUGGAACGAACUGACGGUCAACGUCAACGCCAUGGCCAUGAACUUAACGACCCAAGUGCGUGAUAUUGCCAUGGUCACCAAGGCCGUCGCCAAGGGUGAUUUGACGCAGAAAGUCCAGGCCAACUGCAAGGGAGAAAUCCUCGAGCUGAAGAACAUCAUCAACAACAUGGUCGACCAACUGAGACAGUUCGCCCAGGAGGUCACCAAGAUCGCCAAGGAGGUCGGUACGGAUGGUGUCCUCGGCGGUCAGGCAACGGUGCAUGAUGUCGAAGGCACUUGGAAGGAUCUGACCGAGAACGUCAACCGGAUGGCCAACAAUCUCACCACCCAGGUCCGUGAGAUCGCGGACGUGACCACGGCGGUCGCCAAAGGUGACCUGACCAAGAAGGUCACGGCCAACGUCCAGGGAGAGAUACUCGACCUCAAGAACACCAUCAAUGACAUGGUCGACCGACUGAAUACCUUCGCCUUUGAGGUCAGCAAGGUGGCCCGAGAGGUCGGAACGGACGGCACGCUGGGUGGUCAA